AUGCGAGCAACUCCGCCAACCUCUCCAUACGGGCAGGAUCUACAGAAGGCGAGAUACUCGUAUCGUCACGGUGACAUUCCGAAGCAAUCGUUCCACUAUGGACGUGAUGCUGAAAGGCACGCAAUGAACGGCACCGACUUUACAGCUGCCGCGAUGGGCAAAUUCAGCGAGUGUUUGUUCCAGAAGAAACAAGCGCACAAGGUGACGAGGCCACUGUCCUCCAAGAGUGAUUUUUCGUUACAUGUUGAAAAAAAUCCGCGGUUUGAAUCGUCUUCAUCUUUACCGGGCCUGAGUAGCCCCUCCUCCAGCCAUUUAGCUAAAAGCGCGCACUCAGCCGGUGCCAGGCCCAUAAAAUCCCUGCGGUCAGACAGAGAUGAAAGCAAAAGACUUGUGAAUCAAUUUUUAAAUCUUGAAGAAGAGUUCCCGGACAAACAUGAUGUAGAAGCGUUGAACGCUUCCCAGCGAUCCUCCAUCUCUCUCAAUUCCCAGCAUGAGAGUUUAUCGCAACAGAUGUUUUAUGACUUGAAGGACACGACAGCCCUGCGUGAACCUUCUUUGCUUUGUCCUCAGUCGACCAAUGGAUCUCCUCCGACCUUAGCUACUGAGUUAUCGAAGUUUGAUUGCACUAUCAGACACACAUUAGCAAAUCUGCAGGCCAAAGAGUCUGCUAUGGGCCAGACCAUGGCUGAUUUAGAUUGUUUGUAUCGCGAUGUUCUCAAGACUCAAGAAGCAAUGCGGGAGAUUUAUUCACACGUAGCCGAACAUGAAUUACAAACCGUACGAUCUUCGUUCGACAGCGAAAAUGCGAAUUCCUUCAUUGGAAAAUUUACGAAAACUGUUUCUUCUUGCAGCGAGGACCUCGAGGUUUUCGAGAGACAUAUUGGCAAGUGCAAGGUUGAAUUGACUGACCACAAGGCCACGGUGCACAAGCUAGAGACAACUAUUAAACUUAACGAAAUGCUUCGCGAUAGUCAAAGUAGCAUGCGUCUUUUAGACCGUCUACGGGAGUACAAAGGCAUAAUCGUGGACUUUUUGGCAUUGGUUCUACUUCUUGCAUCGGUGUUUACUCUACGACAUGUUUUCACUUGA